UUAGUUUAUGGAGGGUAGAGAUACCUCUACCCUCCAUAAGUUAGUUGUAUGGAGGGUACAAGUACUUCUACCCUCCAUACUUAGUUGAGCGUAAUAACCCCUAUAUGUCAAGAAGAAUAAAGUAGUUCCUAAGUUAUUUUUCCAUUUGAUAUAAAUACUUUCAAUGUUUUGUUUCUAAUUGUUCUUUAAUCUGAUAAUGGAAUCUAUUACGUCACUAUAAAAAUUCGUGUUCCCUUUAAAAUAUAAGUUCCUUAUAUUAAGUAUAAAUAAAAAGUGUAUCAGUUUGAUAAAAAAAUAACGCGGUUUGUUGUAUGGUAGUCAAGGAGACCGUGAGGCAGACAAGUGACACUGACCGGGCGUCGUCAGUUUAAUUAAUAAUUAAUUUCUAAUUAUUGACACAGACAUCAAGUCAUAAUUUAUUAUUUUUAGUGUAGAGUUAAAGAGAUUUGAUUACCAUGACUACAACAGGAGGUCAGUUUACUUUAGCAUCGUCUACAGGAGCUGUUCAUAGUGGUAACAAUUCAAUAGCUGAGGUGGAAGUCAAGCCAAAUAUUAUUGUUGUUACUGCUCCAAGUACUAAUAGUACAUCUACUAUAGCACAAAGCCAAUCUACGAGGAAUCAACAGAUUAUUACAGUGGUCACUAGUCCAAACUCUUCAAACACCAGCAAUCUACAGCCCAUACAGCUCGUAGUACAAGAUCCUUUGGAAACUGCUGCGGAUUCAUCGAAUGGUUCAUCUGGAACAUCUGCUCACGUGACAGCUCAAGUAGUAGUGAACACAACUCAUUCAGGUCAACAUAACCUUCUAAAUUCGGACGCAGCAUCUUCAUCUACCAGUGGAAUCGUUAGUGGUUCACCUCAUUAUAUUACCGUAACAGUAUCUGGUGAAGGUGAAUCAAUCGGUUCCGAGUCUGUGCCGCAUCCAACUUAUGUGCAAUACGUCGAAGGAGACGGCUCAACUUACAAUAUAACCAAUGGACAAAUGACUUAUCCGGUUUACGCUGUCGGUGAAGCAGGAACCAUGUACACUUCUUCUUCGAGUCAAUAUUACACAUCAGCUAACACACCAGUAACUUAUACCCAGGUUUCAGGACAAGGUUCAAAUACAACUGCUAGUCAAAUACUAUCGCAAGGUAACGGUACUUACUUAAUUCAGCAGAAUAUCAUUGAUAAUGAUACACCUAGUCACACGUUGAUCUCUACGUCAGCGAGCCGAACAAGUCCGCAAACUGAAAAUGCAGUUCAAUGGUUAUUAGAAAACUACGAGACAGCUGAUGGUGUAUCUCUGCCAAGAUCAACGCUUUAUAAUCAUUACUUACGUCAUUGUUCUGAUAAUAAACUAGACCCUGUGAAUGCAGCAAGUUUUGGUAAAUUAAUUCGGUCUGUCUUUCUUGGUUUAAGGACUCGGCGCUUAGGAACCCGUGGUAAUUCGAAAUACCAUUAUUAUGGAAUACGAGUAAAACUGACUUCAUCUUUGAUGAUGUUAAAUGAAGAUGGAACAUCGCGACAUCAACCAACUUCAAAUAGUCACACAAAACGGUUCAAAUUUGUUAGUAAUCAGAAACAAGAAUCGAUGUAUGAAAACAACUCCCAUGGAAACACAAAUAUUUCUUCGAGUAAUUUAUCGUCACAAUACCAUCAGUACUUGGGUGAAUCAAACGGUGCUAUUCCUGCGUUUCCUGAAAUAAUUGUUAACCAUGAUUCAUCUAUCCCUGAAGAUUGUACUUUAGAAGAUAUUGAUACAUUUCGUAGUAUUUAUCGUGAGCAUUGUGAAGCUUUUCUUGAUGCUGUUCUCAACUUUGAGUUUGGUACAAUUGAAAGUUUAUGGCGUGAAUUUUGGAGAAGUCAAGACAAUAAUAAUGGAGACGAAUGUGAAGAAGAGAAAUAUUUAUCGAAAACAAAACUUUAUCACAUGUGCAAAUGUGAUGAGGUACAAGAUUUUAUCAAAACUGUUGAUUAUACAUUUUAUCAAAAUUUAGUAGAAGUACUGAUGCCAGAUGUUCUUCGUCCAAUACCCAGCACAUUAACACAGUCUAUAAGAAACUUUGCAAAAGGAUUGGAAUCAUGGUUAACGGCAGCCAUGAAUGACUGUCCAGAGGAAAUGAUGCAAAUUAAAUUAACAGCUGUUUCGGCUUUUGCUCAAACUUUACGAAGAUACACAUCUUUGAAUCACCUUGCUCAAGCUGCGCGUGCAGUACUUCAAAAUUCUAGUCAAAUAAAUCAAAUGUUAGCAGACUUAAAUCGUGUAGAUUUUCAUAACGUCCAAGAACAAGCCUCUUGGGUUUGUCAAUGCGAUUAUGCAGUGGUUCAAAAAUUGGAAGCAGAUUUCAAGGUCACUCUACAACAACAAAAUUCAUUAGAACAGUGGGCUGUAUGGCUGAAAAGUGUUGUUACUCAAGUUUUGAAGCCUUUCGAGGGUAAACCAUCGUUUUCUAAAGCAGCUCGUCAAUUUCUUCUCAAAUGGUCUUUUUAUAGUUCAAUGGUUAUUCGUGAUUUAACAUUACGUAGUGCAGCCAGCUUUGGGUCUUUUCAUCUCAUUCGCUUGCUAUAUGAUGAAUACAUGUUUUAUCUCAUUGAACAUCAGGUCGCUAUUGCAACUGGUACUACUCCAAUAGCAGUUAUGGGUGAUAAAAAUCAAGCUUAUCAGAUAAUCAAUGACUAUGACAUGACUUCCAACGGAAGUGUUUCAAGUAUAAAUGAACAAAAACGGAUCAAAAUCAGCUAACUAAGUGCUAGUGCUUUGUAGGAUUCAAUCUUUGUGCAAUUCAUACAAUUUCUCCAACACUUAAAUUCAGUUGAUUAACAAGAAAGGUUUAUAUAUCAUGAUUUCACAAAUUAUAUCAUUUAGCAGCGAAACAAAUUAUAAUUAAAACAAUUAAGUAUAUAAUUCAACAAAAUUUUGCAGUCAUAAAAUUCAGUAAUAGCUAGUUAUGCAGAGAUUAACAAAACUGAAAAUAAUAAUAAUAAUUAUUAUAGUGACACUAACAAUGACAAUGUUUACGAUACUCCAGAGAAAACAUGAACCGUCUUUUUCACCAAACUGCAUUCGAGUCUAUGGGACCAUUCAUAAUAAAUGUUCUCUCAGUAAACUCAUCCAAAGAUAUAAAUAAGUGAUUUAAAGUCUCUUAUUUGCGCGAUUUAUUUUUUUGACUGUAAAAUUAUAAACUUGUUUGUACUAAUAAGAAUUAAUGUAUCAUUAACAAUUGAUGAAGAAAAAAAAAAAAAAAAAAAAAAAGAUCAAGCUU